GUCUCGAAACGCGCUGCACGAAGGCUACGCCCCUUACACUUAAAGCGGGGUAGUCAGCGGCACAUAAAUGAACGGCGCUUCAAUUUACAGAGAGUACUUCUCCAGAGGCUGAGGUUCUGAAGGCGCACACUCAGUAAACUCACGGUUGCGCGAUGAAGUCGUGGUUGCUCGUGUGCGUCGGGGUGCUCGUGGUCGCCUCGCUUGUUUUUUGCCAAGACGAAGAAACAGCUGCAGCGGACCUCCAGGCUGAGCUGAACGAAGGUCCUUCUAUGUCGCGGGUUCGACGCGGUGGCGGCGGUGGUGGAGGCGGUGGCAAGGGAAAAGGCAAGGGCAAAGGCAAAGGCGGCGAGAAGUCCAAAGGAAAAAGCGGCGGAGGAGGAGGCGACGACAGCGAAUGAUUAUCGACGACUGGCUAAACUCAAAGCAGAUGCCCGGCGACAAUCUGUACGCGACAAAACUAAGUUCAGCACUGUGGGACAGGAAUACCUGUCCUUGAGCAAAUAAAGGCUCGACUGAACGGGACAAACAC